CGUAAAAUGUUUUGUUGAGUUAUUUUUAUCUUUGUACUCAACUGCCAAGCAAAAUGCAAUGUUUUUAGUUUUAGAGAGAAGUGUACCUACUUACACUUGUAAUUAAAAUUGAAUUUUUAUACUAGUUUUUGGCAAAACAUUACAUUUCAAACAUUGCGGCUUGACACUAUACCACCAUAAUAGCAAUCAAAACUAAUUAUGACAUUUAAAAUUAUUACCGGUGAAUGGUUAUGAAGCGAAUGAAGCGGUGGUGGUGUAAUGGUUAAGACGCCCGCCUGUGGAUCGAAAGGUCCCAGAUUCGAAUCCUACUCGUGCCACAUGAGUUUGUCACACCAAUCUGACUUAUGUAUAGUAGUUUAUUCGACCACCGGUGAAGGAAACCAUCGGGAGGAAACACUGGUUGAUUAUUAUUAACUUGUGUGUGAAAUGGUACUCUCCAUUAAUAAUGUCAGGAGAGCUGUUGUUUGUGUUUCAUUCCACGUAAUGACCACGACCCUCAGCCUGAGGAAUACGACUAUGAAGAAGAAAUUAGUACCUAAAAUUACUGGGUUAUUAGUCAAAAUCUUUUGUUUUCUCUGUUUUGAAAAUAGUAUUUACAUAUAUAAUUAUCAAUAUUAUUACAUAAUUAACUAGAUCAGACGUGAUACAUAACAUAUUUUUGGUGGGAAUUUUAAAACAAAACUCAUUUAAUUCUUUGGACGGCUUCGAAGUCAAAAUGUUCGGAUAGCAACAUCUGCCGACCUUGCAGCCCUUUUGACCACGUGCGCAGGCGCACAUCAGUGACACUUCGAAGCUGUUAAACCUAACGACAAGUUUGAAGAUGGUGGAAACAAGAUACCUCAUUGAUGCUGUACACAGGAGGAAGUGUCUUUGGGACAGAUCUGAUGUCGAAUACAGGGACAGAUUGGUGAAGGACCGUGCCUGGAAGGAGAUAUACAAAGAGAUGGAACCGAAUUACUUCUCGUUAAAACCUGCUAUGAGACACGAAUUUGGUAUGCAAAUAACAAAGAAAUGGUACAACGUCCGUGAUUCGUACGUCAAAUCUAAAAGAAACAGUCGAUCAUCGCGGCCCUACAUAUACACUGAUCAACUGGGAUUCCUGGACUCAGUCUAUUUUCCCGAUGGCAAUGUAAGCAAGCAGGAGAGCUUCAUAGAAGACAAAAUAUCUAACGACGACGAAGCGGAAACUUCGGAGAAUUGGAUAAACGAAGUUUUUAUAGACGUCGAUGAGGAUGUUAGUGAAGCUAAAAGAUCUAGAUUAGAUUAUACGAAUGUUAAAGAUGAGAUUGACGAUUCUGGAGUCAAUGUUGUCAACGUGUUAGCAAAUUUGAUACAAAGAGAGGAUGACGAAGAUAGGGCGUUUUUUAAAUCUAUAACACCGUCUGUAAAGAUGUUGUCUCAUGGAGCCAAAUUGGAAUUCAGGAUUCAAAUGUUGAAGUUAAUAAGAAUGUUAAAGAUGAAAGAUAAAAAGGGACAGUUAGAUAAGAGACGGUUAAAAGAUAGCGAUUCAGAAUAAGUAUCAAUAAACUUACAAAAUUUUCAUAAA